AUGGCAUCGUCGCAAAAGAAGCAGCAGACUUUGUCCGCAUUCUUCAAGAAACCUUCUUCGCAACCUUCCACGCUCUCUCAAGGCCGAGUCGCUGAUAAUCACGACGAUGACGACGAAGAUGAUCUGGUGUUGCCUGUCGCAAAGAAACGCAGGAUUAAUCCUAUUUCGGACACCCUCGACGGGAAUGGAAUAGAGACAGAAGAAAGCGCGGAGCAGACUAGGACCUUGAGACCAGUUGUGGCAAAUGGACAGUCCACAACCACAACCCUAGUUGCGCCUUCAGGAUCCGAGAGGACUUCCAAAUACAUCUUCUCCUCAACGCCUCUUCAAGAGAACCAAGAAGUCGACGAACCUAACAGCCCGGACAGGCGACGAAAGGACGAACUGCAUCGCAAGUUCGUUAAGAAAUUGGGCAGACCGGACAGCAUCGCGGAGAUUAAGAGGCGAAAUCGAGCACUUGAGGAUGACGCUGGAGAGAACGAGGACGAUGAGGGAGAAGAUAAUACCGUCGAAGAGGCGCCAAAGCCAACAGGUCGCACAAAAGCAGGUACAAAGAAGGGCGGUAGCAAACUAACCCCCAUGGAGAAACAAGUGAUCGAGAUCAAGAAGGCUCAUAUGGACACCCUUUUGGUGGUGGAAGUCGGUUACAAGUUUCGUUUCUUCGGUGAAGAUGCUAGAAUUGCGGCGCGAGAAUUGGGCAUCGUAUGUAUCCCAGGGAAGUACCGCUUCGACGAACACCCUUCCGAAGCUCAUCUGGAUCGAUUUGCUUCUGCGAGCAUUCCUGUCCACCGUCUGCACGUACAUGUCAAGCGAUUGGUGGCUGCAGGCCACAAGGUCGGGGUCGUCCGUCAACUCGAGACGGCAGCGCUCAAGGCUGUUGGCGAUAACAGAAACGCGCCCUUUGUUCGCAAACUCACAAAUCUGUACACCAAAGGCACCUAUAUCGAUGACGUUGAGGCAAUUGAGGACGAUGGCAAAGGCAGUUCUAUGCCGCACUCGCCGUCCACCGGUUUUCUGCUUUGCAUGACCGAGGUGAAUGUCAAAGGGUACGGCAACGAUGAAAAGGUCCAUGUCGGUCUUGUUGCGGUCCAACCUGCCACAGGGGAUAUCGUAUAUGAUGACUUCGAGGACGGUUUCAUGCGCAGUGAGAUCGAAACACGUCUGCUCCAUAUUGCACCUUGCGAAUUUCUCAUUGUUGGUGAUCUUUCCAGGGCGACAGAGAAACUUGUGCUUCAUUUGUCAGGCAGCAAAACCAAUGUCUUCGGGGACAAGAUUCGGGUCGAACGGACGGCAAAACCCAAGACCAUGGCAGCGCAAGCACACAGCCAUAUCUCUACGUUCUAUACCGACCGGCUCAAGGAGUCCCGGGUGGAUCAAGACAAAGCGACAAGCAUAUUUGACAAGAUACUGGGCUUGCCGGAAAAUGUAACUGUCUGUCUGUCUGCGAUGAUAAAUCAUCUGUCCGAGUACGGCCUGGAACAUGUUUUCCAGCUUACGAAGUACUUCCAGCCAUUUUCUGCUCGCUCGCAUAUGCUGCUGAAUGGCAACACACUUACCAGUCUGGAGAUCUACCAAAAUCAAACAGAUCUUUCCACCAAAGGAAGUCUCUACUGGAUGAUGGACAGAACACAGACCCGCUUUGGAGGGAGACUUCUUCGCAAAUGGGUCGGACGCCCUCUGUUGGACAAGCAGAGCAUCGAGGAACGCUUGACUGCAGUCGCGGAGCUUCUUGAUCCUGUCAAAUCGAUGCAUGUCGAAAAACUGCGACAUGUGCUGUCCAAGAUGAAAACCGACCUGGAAAAGAGCCUCAUAAGAAUCUAUUAUGGGAAGUGCACGCGGCCGGAGCUCUUGAAUGUCCUACAGUCACUGCAGUUGCUGACAAACGAGUUUGCACAUGUGACUGAUGCAGCAUCUACCAACUUCGAGUCGAGUCUGAUAUCGUCCGCCAUAACGUCUCUGCCCUUAAUUUUAGAGGAAGUGGUGGGCUACCUCGAGAGAAUCAAUCUGCAGGCUGCCCGGUCUGACGACAAAUACGACUUCUUCCAAGAGAGCUUCGAGAACGAUACGAUCACUGAGCACAAGUUCGGUAUUGCAGGCGUAGAGCAUGAUCUGGACGAAUUUCGUUCCACUGCAGCAGAGAAGUUGGGCAAGCAGCGACCCGUCGACUAUGCCACAGUUGCCGGUAUUGAUUAUUUGAUCGAAGUCGACAACAACUCAGCCACCAUCAAAAAAGUGCCUGCGUCUUGGGCAAAGAUCUCAGGGACAAAGAAGAUGUCGAGAUUCCAUGCACCCGAAGUGGUCAAACUCCUGCGCGAACGCGACCAACACAAAGAAUCUCUCGCUGCAGCGUGCGACAAGGCAUACAAGGAUCUUUUGGCCGACAUCAGCACCAAAUACCAGCUUUUCCGCGAUACCGUGCAAAGCCUCGCGCGUUUAGAUUGUCUUCUCUCGCUUGCCAAUGUCGCCUCGCAACCUGGCUACGUGCGGCCGAAUUUCACGGAGGGCACGAAGAUCGAUGUCGAAGGAGCCCGUCAUCCCAUGGUAGAACAGCUCCUCAUAGACACAUACGUUCCCAACAACGUCUCGGUGUCGCAAGACGCGACGAGAGCCCUCCUGGUGACGGGUCCCAACAUGGGCGGCAAGUCGUCAUACGUGCGCUCCGUGGCUCUCAUCUCCAUCAUGGCACAAAUCGGGUCUUUCGUCCCAGCAACGUCCGCGACCUUAGGCAUCCUCGACGCCGUCUUCACCCGCAUGGGCGCCUUCGACAACAUGAUGUCGGGCGAAAGCACGUUCAUGGUCGAGCUCAGCGAGACCAGCGACAUCCUCAAACUCGCGACGGACCGAAGCCUUGUGGUCCUCGACGAACUGGGCCGUGGAACGAGUACCCACGACGGCGUCGCAAUUGCAGCCAGCGUGCUGGACUAUCUUGUCCGCGAACGCAAGUGCUUGACUCUGUUUAUCACGCAUUAUCAGAUGCUCGCGCGCAUGGCGGACGGCUUUCCCAACGGGGAAUUGAAGAACGUCCACAUGCGCUUCACUGAGCAGGACGACGAGAACGUCACCUUCCUCUACGAAGUCGCUGAGGGCGUCGCGCAUCGAAGCUACGGCCUCAAUGUCGCGAGGUUGGCCAAUAUUAGCGAGUCGGUCAUCGAUGUUGCAAGGCGGAAGAGCGCUGAGCUCGAAGCCGCUACGAAGGCGAGGCAGUUGGCUGCUCUGGCGAGAAUGCUCGGCGCACCAGACAAGGGAGACAUGACUGGCGGAGUUGUUAGGUCUGAUGCGGAGCGGUUGGAUGCUAUUAUUGAAGGGAUUGAGAUGCUGUAG